CCCUUAUUUUCUUAUCUCUCAUCACUUUUGGUGUGAAGAAUUGGACCAUGAGAACAAGCUGCAAUGGGUGUAGGGUUCUUCGCAAGGCAUGUAGCCAAGACUGCAUCAUCAAACCUUGCCUUGAGUGGAUCAAAAAUCCUGAUUUCCAAGCCAAUGCUACUCUCUUCCUUGCCAAAUUCUAUGGCCGUGCAGGUCUCAUAAACCUCAUCAAUGCCGGACCCCAACAACUUCGCCCCGCCAUAUUCAGAUCGCUGCUUUGGGAAGCUUGUGGACGGGUAGUGAAUCCAAUAUAUGGGUCCGUCGGAUUGCUCUGGUCCGGUGACUGGAACCGCUGCCUCGAUGCCGUGGAUGCAGUGCUCAGAGGUGUUCCCAUCGCCAGAAAACCAUCUGAAGCUACCUCCAGCAGCCCGAGCGACCAUCCUGUAAAGGCCUAUGACAUACGUCAUGUCUCUAAGGAUUUCAAAUUCCCUACUACUGAAAACCUCAAUAGAGUCACAGCCCCAACCCCAAAACCGUUCAAGCGUUCUUCUAAGUCCAAGCCAAAACCUCAAGCCAGCUUGGUUUUCGACUUUGCAACCAAACCAGCCGCAGAUCAGUCUGAUAAGUUUUGUGACGUUAGAUUGCCGUGGCCUAGCUCACACGAGUUCAAUCAAACGCCGAGUCACGGACCGUCGUUAGGUUAUCACCUAGAAUGGCUUACAAAAUUAGAUAGGGAAAGUGAUAAGAGCAAAGUAAAGUUGGAACUGACUCUUGGUUCUGGGACCAACUUUUAGCACCCAUUUGGCUGCUCCUUUCAAGGGCCGGGCAGAGAUGGAUAGUUGUGGUGCUGAAUCGCCGGAACAGAUGUCCAUUUGUUUGUUAUUUUUAUGAUAUGGGAAUCAAUACAUUAUUAGCAUUUCGCAAAAUUAACCAAA